GGGUCCUCCAAUAAUCGGUAUCGGCGUUGAAAAAUCAUAAUCGGUCGACCUCUAGUGUGGGUAGGUGGUGUCUGUCUGAAUGGCUGUAACACCUCUCCUCUCUCUCUCUGUCUGGGUAGGUAGUGUCUGUCUGAAGGGCUGUAACACCUCUCCUCUCUCUCUCUGUCUGGGUAGGUGGUGUCUGAUGGUGGAUGAGGUGGCAGCAGAACACAGGGUGAUGGUGUAGUGACAGGCUGCCAGGGUGAGGAGGACAGGUGCGGUGCUAGCUGAGGGGCGUGGGAUGUGGCGCUGGACGACCCACCUGGACGGAGGGCCGCGGAGGGUGAACCAUGCUGCCGUCUCCGUGGGACACAAGGUGUACUCCUUCGGAGGGUACUGCUCUGGAGACGACUACGAGACGCUGAGACAGAUAGAUGUGCACAUCUUCAACACAGUUUCUCUGCGGUGGAUGUAGUUGCCUCCAGUGAGAACAGGUGGUAGGGAACAUGCCAGGGAUGUCCCCUACAUGCGUUACGGUCACACAGCCGUGCUGCUGGAAGAUACCAUCUACAUCUGGGGGGGUCGUAACGACACGGAGGGGGCCUGCAACGUCCUCUAUGCCUUCCACGUCAACAACCACCGGUGGUUCACCCCUAAGAUAUCUGGGACGGUUCCGGGAGCGAGAGACGGCCACUCAGCCUGCAUCCUGGGGAAGGCCAUGUACAUCUUUGGAGGGUAUGAGCAGCUGGCUGACUGCUUCUCUAAUGACAUUCACAAGCUGGACACCACCACCAUGGCCUGGUCACUAGUCAACGCAAGG